ACAAACACAAUCCCACUUCACUCUCUUUCCAAAUGGCAGCAACAAAACUGUCUCUGAUUCUCUGCGUUUUGGCCCUGUGGGGCGUCGUUCCAUCUGACGCCGCGUCCUCCCCACACGCCCCGGCACCCUCCGUGGAUUGCUCCAACAUCGUGCUCACCAUGGCGGACUGCUUGUCGUUCGUCACCAACGGCAGCACCGUCACCAAGCCCGAGGGCACCUGCUGCUCCGGUCUCAAGUCCGUCCUCAAAACCGCUCCCGCCUGUCUCUGUGAGGCCUUCAAAAGCAGCGCUCAGUUCGGCGUCGUUUUGAAUGUCACCAAAGCCACCACUCUCCCCGCUGCUUGCAAAGUCAUCGCUCCUUCUGCCACCAACUGUCUAUUGUCUGAAGCGCCUGCUGCUGCUCCUGCUGUAGGCCUCUCUCCACAAACUACUCCAUCUCCUCAAUCAUCUGAUGCUUCAACUCCUGGUUUGAAUGGUCCUGUGAAUGAGGUAUCUCCAGUACCAGCACCAGCUCAAGGGAACACAGCAUCAGCGUCGUUCCCAUUUUCAGCUGGAUCCUUGCUUGUAUGCAUAAUGGUAGCUGCAUUCUCAGGCUUCUGAGAUGAGUUUCGUUCCAUUGCAAGAGUAGAGACAUGACAUGAGGGACUAUUUUGAUGUUUCUUUGGGUUUUACCAUUGGAGCUCUUCUCAUUCUAUGUUUGACUUAAGUAGAUAAAAUUCAUUCUGGGGAGUGACUCGAACUUAUUUUGAGCUUGUACCCUCUUUUUAUAUUUAUAUAUAUUACCAUAUGAAUUACAAUAUUAUUUUGCUA